CGUACACGCGCCGAGCGCUACAAAUCUCCGGCUGAACGAUACAAAAAGUAUCCAAUGAUUUUGUUACUAAUAACUUGAUAAAUGGAGAGCAGUAACAGUCUCAGGAUCCCCACAUGUGUCACGCGUCUGAAGGUAACCUGGUAAUGGGGCCGAAAAAUGUAUGGAAGUGAAUAGGGCAUUUCCACGUCAAGAUAUACGGUGAAGGGGGGCCUGCUAUGAUGGCUCAAGAGUACUGCUGUGCCUCAGCAGAUGAGGGAGCAGAGAGCGGCCCACACGUCCCAUUCGUGCUGGAGAGAAGGGAGAAGGUGGAGGAAAACUGGAGGACAGCCGUUUCUCACCAACUGAAAAAGCAGUGCACAUGCAGCUCAGAGCGAGCCAAAGCCCAGGUUCUAGGGUUCGUCCCCAUCCUAAAAUGGCUUCCACGCUACCAGCUCAAAGAAUGGAUCCUGGGUGACAUCAUGUCAGGGUUGAUAGUGGGCAUCCUGCUGGUGCCCCAGUCCAUUGCCUAUUCUCUGCUGGCAGGCCAGGACCCUAUCUAUGGCCUCUACACCUCCUUCUUCUCCAGCAUCAUCUACACCCUGCUGGGCACCUCACGCCACAUAUCUGUGGGCAUCUUCGGGGUGCUGUGCCUGCUGGUGGGCCAGGUGGUGGACAGGGAGUUGGCACUGGCAGGGUACAUCACAGAGAGUAUCAGGAACAACGCUACCCUGGGACUGGGCAUGGGGAACAGCACCGGAGGGCCGGUCUGUGAUAGGAGCUGCUAUGCCAUAAUGGUGGGGACCACAGUCACAUUUACAGCAGGGGUCUACCAGGUGUUGAUGGGCCUCCUGCAGGUGGGCUUUGUAUCCGUGUACCUGUCAGACUCCCUCCUGAGCGGCUUUGCCACGGGGGCCUCUCUCACCAUCCUGACCUCCCAGGUCAAGUACCUCCUGGGACUGGAGCUGCCCCGCGCCCAGGGCUGGGGUUCCCUCGUCAAGACCUGGGUCAGCCUUUUCCAGAACCUGGGCCAGACCAACCUCUGUGACCUGGUCACCAGCAUGGUGUGCCUGGCGGUGCUGGUCCCCACCAAAGAACUCAACGACCGCUUCAAGGCCAAGCUCAAAGCCCCCAUCCCCUUCGAGCUGUUUGUUGUCAUCGCUGCCACUCUGGCCUCCCACUUCGGCCACUUCGAGGAGGAGUACGGCUCGAAAGUGGCCGGCGCCAUCCCCACGGGCUUCCUGCCCCCCCAGCUCCCGUCCUGGUCUCUGAUCCCCAACGUGGCGGUAGAUGCCUUCUCCAUAGCCAUUGUGGGCUUUGCCAUCACCGUCUCCCUGUCUGAGAUGUUUGCCAAGAAGCAUGGCUACGUGGUGGAUCCCAACCAGGAGAUGUACGCCAUAGGCUUCUGUAACAUCCUGCCCUCCUUCUUUCGCUGCUUCACCACCAGCGCUGCUCUGACCAAGACCCUGGUGAAGGAGUCUACAGGCUGCCAGACUCAGAUGUCUGGCCUGGUCACAGCCCUAGUGCUGCUGCUGGUGCUACUGGUCAUUUCCCCCCUCUUCUACUCUCUGCAGAGGUGUGUGCUAGCAGUGAUCAUCUUGGUGAAUCUCCGGGGAGCAUUGCUUAAGUUCACAGACGUCCCGCGGAUGUGGCGUGUGAACCGCUUGGACACCGCCAUCUGGCUGGUGACCAUGGCAACCUCAGCGUUGAUAAACACAGAGCUAGGCCUGCUGGUGGGGGUUAUGGUCUCAGCCUUCUGUGUGUUGGGGCGCACCCAGAGAGCCCAGGCCUUAGAGCUGGGCCGGGCUGGCCAUCGGGAGCUUUAUGAGGACCUGGCCUCCUACAAGGGCCUGCAGUCCCAGCCUGGAGUGGCCAUCUUCCGCUACGAGGCGCCCAUCUACUACGCCAACCAGAGCCUGUUCAAGAAGGCCCUGUACCGCUGCCUGGGCCUGGAUCCCGUCAAGGAGAAGGCCCGGCGCAGGAAGCUGGAGAAACAUAGGAGAAAGCAAGAAGAAGUAGCCAUGACGACAGGAGGGGAGGGCGGGACUAAGGGUAAAGAGAAAGAGUUGACCACCAAAGUCUUCCUACCAAAUCAAGUCAACUUCCACUCUGUGGUGAUAGACUGCAGCCCGGUGCUGUUCCUGGACACAGCAGGGGUCAAUGCGUUGAAGGAGGUGUAUAAGGAUUAUAAGGAGAAUGGGGUACAGGUGUUCCUGGCCCAGUGUAAUACCUCAGUACUGGAGUCACUGAACAGUGGUGGUUACUACCCAGAGAAGGGUAUGGGAGAAAAGGAAAGAGUGUUUUUCACCAUCAGUGAUGCCGUCCUCUAUGCACAGAGCCUCUCAUCUCAGAAUGGUGACUGUGACACGUCCUGUUAACAAGAGCUUUAAAGAUUGUACAGUGCCUUCGGAACGUAUUCAGACCCCUUAACUUUAACCACAUUUUGUUACAUUACAGCCUUAUUCUAAAAUGGAUUACAUAAAUA